CGUGCUCUACUGUUAUCACGCAAAGCAUUGUGGGUAAUCCAACAUGGUGGCGACUACAGUGUCCUGUAUUACAUAGCAGGCAACAUUUCCCUUUUUUAUCGCUCAUGUCCGUAGUAAACUCCCUUGACAAUUCAAAAUGAGACUGUGGUGUAUCGCAAGGCGGGCGCUCACCUCUGGCGGCCCCCUCAAUAUUUUCGCCGGUAAAUACACGGGUUUCUGGCACGGCGUUUCGGCCAGAGCGGGUCUCCGGAUGCGGCACUACAAUCAGUCGGCACUUGACGGCCAGGGUGAACCGGGCAAGCUAGCCUGCUGCUACCGCUUAGUCCAUAGAGCCAUUCUCCGUGUCAGUGGAGCCGACGUAAGCCCCUUCCUCCAGGGGCUUGUGACCAACGACGUGCUCGCCCUGGGGGACGCUGGAUGCGGGGCCUUGUAUGCUCACAUGCUCAACGUACAAGGAAGGACGCUCUAUGACGUCAUGUUGUACAGUCAUCAAAAAGCCGAUACAGGAUGUGCUGUUCUCCUCGAGUGUGACAGUACCAUGAAGGACUCUCUGUCGAGACACCUGAAAGUGUACAAGACCCGCAGAAAGAUCGACAUAAACCUGUGUCCGGACCUCUUUGUGUGGGCGGUGCUCCCCAUGCAAAAAAGCCAAAAACCAGAGCUGUCUUCUCCAGAUAAGGCCGUGGUGUGGGAGAUGGAUCCACGGACGCCUUACAUGGGGUGGCGAUUGGUGCUGGAUAGUCAGGUGGAUCCCUUGGAUGUGAUUGCAUCAUGUGAUAAAGGGGACAUAGAGGAUUAUCACAGGCACCGCUAUUCCAUAGGACUUCCCGAGGGUGUGAAAGACCUCCCUCCUGGUGUGGCAUUACCUCUCGAAUCCAAUCUCGUCUACAUGCAAGGCAUCAGUUUCAGCAAGGGCUGCUACAUCGGCCAAGAGCUCACAGCCAGGACACAUCACACCGGCGUGGUUCGCAAACGUCUCAUGCCGGCCCGCAUAUCAGUGCCCGUCCAAGACCUGGAGGAAGGAGCCUCGCUGCAAACACAGUCGGGCAAGCCAGCUGGGAAACACCGUGCGGGGGUGGGAAAGCUGGGCCUGAGCCUGAUCCGCAUGGCCUAUGCCAAGGAGGUGUUGACAGUCAAAACGACUGACGAUGCCCAAGUGACACUGGAGGCCUCCGUGCCCAACUGGUGGCCUAAAGACGUGCAAAGCAACUGAGGGGAGGGGCGGGCUGUAUUCUUUCUUGUAAUGUGACUUACAUGACUUGUGACACAUUUCAGAUAUAAAAGCCUUGGGUGUGUCUUUGCCUGACUGACAAAACUUGAAUGUUGCUUUUGAAGGACAAAUCAGGAGAUUGACACGUGCCACAGCAAUAACCAAAGUCAUCAGUUGUUUGAGUUUUAAAUGAACAUUACAAAUAAAUAUGUAUAUCACUUUAGAAUUUUAAAUAAAAGUAUCUACCUAAAUAUGAGUUCCCCAAAAUCUACUCCAUCACAUUGCUAAGCAAUUGAGGCAUAUUUUUUUUGGCGCUAUACUGCUUGACUGUAACCAGUAUAGGUGCUGUAGGUUCAGUCACAACUACUUUGCUGUAAUGUUUGACUUGUUUUUGGUAAAUACAUUUUUCCUGCAUUAAAUC